CAGCAAUCAAAACAUUUCUUGGACGGCAGUAAACCAGAUUAUGAACUUUGUUUCUCCAGUAACAAUAAGUUGAAUAACAGUCAAAGUCAGAAUAUGACGAAGGAAUUACUGCCGUUAUGUUUGUGCUUACUCGUGUUGUUUGUUGUAUCGGUGACAACAUUGCCAUUGCCAGCAUAUACAUCGGAUGCCAACAACAUGAACCAAGCAGUAGCUGGUACCAACAUGAACAAGUAUGACACUUUCGAAACAAGGGAUAAUUACAGACAGCCACCGUUUCCUGCUUAUGACAAUGAUAGAUCCGAUGCAGAGAAUGAUUACGGACUACCACGUCCACAGCCACGGUUUUCCGUUUAUGGAGAUGAUAUUGAUAAAUUGGAAGCAGGAAAUCACUACAGUCCGCCUCCACAGCGACGGUUUCCCGCUUAUGAGUAUGAUAAAUUCUACCAAGGGAAUCAAUACAGACAGCGUCCUCAACAGUCACGAGUUUCUGAUUAUGGAGAUGAUAAAUUAAGUAGAGGGGAUCAAUAUAGACAACUGACAGAAUCACAGCCACAUGGACCUGAUACCUUAGUUGAAAAGGCAGAGCCAGCGUAUGGUAAUAAUCCACCACAGCAACAGUUACAGGGAGCUGGUACCAUAGGUAACGAAGGAGAACCAGUGUCAAACAACAAUCCACCACAGCAACAGCUACAGCCACAUCCACAGGGAGCUGGUACUAUAGGUAACGAAGGAGAAUCAGUAUCUAACAACAAUCCACCACAGCCACAGCCACAGGGAGCUGGUACUAUAGGUAACGAAGGAGAAUCAGUGUCUAACAACAAUUCACCACAGCAACAGCAACAGCCACAGCUACAGGGAGCUGGUACUAUAGGUAACGAAGGAGAAUCAGUGUCUAACAACAAUUCACCACAGCAACAGCAACAGCCACAGCUACAGGGAGCUGGUACUAUAGGUAACGAAGGAGAAUCAGUGUCUAACAACAAUUCACCACAGCAACAGCAACAGCCACAGCUACAGGGAGCUGGUACUAUAGGUAACGAAGGAGAAUCAGUGUCUAACAACAAUUCACCACAGCAACAGCAACAGCCACAGCUACAGGGAGCUGGUACUAUAGGUAACGAAGGAGAACAAGUGUCUAACAACAAUCCACCACAGCAACAGCAACAGGGAGCUGGUACCAUAGGUAACGAAGCGGACCCAUUAUCUAAAAACAGUCCACCACAGCAACAGCUACAUGGGGCUGCUACCAUAGGUAACGAAGCGGACCCAGUAUCUAACAACAAUCCACCACAGCUACAGGGAGCUGGUACCAUAGGUAACGAAGGAGAACAAGUGUCUAACAACAAUCCACCACAGCAACAGCUACAGGGACCUGCUACCAUAGGUAACGAAGCGGACCCAUUAUCUAACAACAAUCCACCACAGCUACAGCUACAGGGAGCUGGUACCAUAAGUAACGAAGCGGACCCAGUAUCUAACAACAAUCCACCACAGCAACAGCAACAGGGAGCUGGUACCAUAGGUAACGAAGCGGACCCAUUAUCUAACAACAAUCCACCACAGCAACAGCUACAGGGAGCUGGUACCAUAGGUGACAAAGAAGAACCAAUGUCUGCCAACAAGCCACCACAGCAACAGGGAGCUGGAAAUGAAAAUGAAAACUUGGAACGUGGAAAUGAUUACUUUAGCCAAUCGGAUAUUGCCAAUAAGCAACCCAUUUCAGAGUUAAGUAUUGCUGCAGAUGCAGAGGAGGAGGAAGAUGAAGUCAAAGAAGCAGACGAUGAAGAAGAAAGUUUGUAUGGGACUGAGUAUGAUGAAAACAACAAAGACUACGGUGAUAUCACUAUAGCAGAAGCGCAUGCGGUGGCGCCACCGGACGGGGGCAAGGUGGUGGCGGACGAAGCGAGCGAGCGAUCCAUCGCCGGUCAUGUGUCAUCGGGCCGUGCUGAUGCUGCGCAUGGUAACUAUGGCGACGAGGACGAGGACGAGUCGACCCACUUCAUGCGCUACUUUGUGAUGACCGCUCUUGUCGCUGUGUUGGGAUACGUCGCCUUCCACAACAAACAGAGGAUCAUAGCGAUCAUCGUUGAGGGUCGGCGUCCGGGCGGCGGCGCGGCUCGCAGGCCGCGGAAGGCCGCGUACGCGAGGCUGGACACAAACGUGGAGGAAGCAAUGCCCAGCAUGAGGACGACGGUGAAUUCAAGCUCCUUCAUCUACUAGAUUCCCUCCCCUCCACUCUUCUCCCCUCUUCUCUUCUCCUGUCCUCUUCCCCUCCCUCCCCUCCCCUCCCCUCCCCUGUUCUCCCGUCCCCUCCUGUCUCCUCCCCUCUUCUCCCCUUUCCUCUCCUCUCCUCCGCUGCUCUUACCCGUCACUAUUUGACACAUGCCGAGCGUCCGUGUUCGUAUAUUGGAUCGCGAAAAACGCAGGGUUUCGUUAGGUCUUCUGUGAGUUGGUGGCACUUGUUUUUAUAACGAGACUUGCGAGUUGAUUUUUUCCGGUGUUGACGUUCUGUAGCAAAUACGCUGAUGAAGGGUAAUUGUGACUUUUGCACAACCCUGCGGUCGGCGUGAACGUAUCUAUACAAUAGUAUCUAUCGGGCGUAUUGUGCAUAUCUAAACGCUAUUAUGCAUAUCAUGUAUGCCAGUAUGGACAUGUUUCAUGCCGUUGGUAUUGAUGAGUGCAUUCGUGAGUAUACACGGUCAGUGUUAUAUUUGCUAUAUAGUUUUAAGUUAUAUUUGCAUCAAGCUUGGGUGUAGCGGGGUGCAGGGGGGAGGGGGGGGUGCAAAUUACAGUAGCUGCUGGGGUCAGUUGGCUACUUACGAAUUUUCCAUCACAUAAAAUCUGUAUUUUUUACCAGUUAUAGGCCUACUAUGGCGAUUGUCGUGCAUAUUCCUAAAAAAUGAACGAGGUGUGGUGAGGCUCUAGAAAGUGUGCAAUGUUAUAUUACGUUUAAUUUUUAUUAGUUUGGUUCGCUUACUCAUUCUUGCACGUACAAUUUUUCUGUUUACAAAUGUACCACAGCAUAUCCCCAAGUUUACUAAGUUUAGAUUACUAAGUACCUGGCUGCUAAUAUUGUCGCAGUGCGAAAUGUUGGCACCUUAUUAAUUGAGCUUCGUAGUAACAAUGCUGAAUGUGAAUCCUGUUUACAGGUUAGGCAGUGAGAGUUGUGGGCGGUCACCUUGGUUGUCCGGAAGACUGGUCAGAUUUCGACAUCCUGAUAUUCCGUUGAGGUCAGCUUUUAAUUAUCCAGAGAACUGGACCGGCCUUAUCAUCUGCCAUUUUAGUUCUUGUCUAGUACUGUUCAAUCAUGUAUUACUCGUGUGUGUGUACUCAUGUAUGAACACAAGUAUGAAUGUAUGUGUAUAUAGAGCACAUGCGUAUGUUCAUGCUAGUACUGAUACGCAUACAGUACCUUCUUUUCUGUACUCGUACAAUGAUGCAAGAGUGCAGUGCUCGUGAUUUGACGCAAGAGUGCUUGAUUCUAUGUUCAUACCUUGGUUUAGUGUUUGUUUACGGCACUGGAUAAAUCACACAGAUCGUCAUCAUUAUAUUAUCAAUGCCACACAUUAAUCGGUAUUGGUCGGUUCCGUUACUAAAAAUCCAGCAAGGCACUGUAGAGAAUUUUCAACAUGUAAUUUUUUUUCAACAUUUCUCAUUGGAAUCACUUAUAUGUUAAUAAUCCUCGUUGGAUACCUCAGGUGUAAUUAAUUAGUAAUAUGAUUUUCUUAGAAGAGUAUGUAUGUAUACAGGAAGGGGGAGAGAGGCGUACAUGCGAAUGGAGAAACACAAUUCGCGAAAGCGGCCGAUCGAACGAAAAAUGUGAUGAAAGUAUGUAAAUCUACGCAGAUUUCCGGGCUUGGAAUUAUUCUCGCCUUUAUAAAAUGGCUAGAUGGCAAUGCCCAUGUUGCAGUCUAUAGGGGUUUCAUGAUUCUAAAUGUGCAUAGACAUUCAGUGUGCUUGCUGUUCCCUCACCAUCAGGAUGACUCUUGCAUCUCUACGUUUCCAUCCCCACGUCGCCCGAAUACGAUCGUUUCCCAACUGACGUCUCUGCUGUGGAAUUGUGACGCGUCCUACACACCACGUUCAGGAUGGCAAACUUGUUGCUUUCACUACAUGCUGACUGGCAUUUUCGCUGAGCGUAAUUCGCUAGCCGGCAUUUCGUCUUGGUCACAGCGAGGUUGUGGUUACGCAUCGCAAGUGGAAGCGGUGAGCGUAACCUCCGCGCGAAGGGAAAGCUGAAAGCAAAUAAUAAUAAUACGUAUCACCCUUGAAAACGCAUCCGUACUUCUGACUUUCCAGUUUUUUAAAUUUUUUUUUAAUUUGCUGAGAAGCAAUAUGCAGCUGUGUGAGAACAUAUUUACUUUAUUGUACACUAUGCACGGUCGGUACGUAUAUGUGUUGGUUAGUCGGUGAGGAUUUUCACAAAGUCUCGAUACAUAUGGUGAUUAUUAUAAUCAGGAGUCUAUCAAUAGAUAUUGAGCUAUUGAUAGACUCCUGUUAUAAUCAUAAUCAGGAGUCUAUCAAUAUUGAUAGACUCCUGAUGAUAUGAACUUAGGUGAUGUCAGUGAUAUGGCAAAAUAUUAUACAAUAAUGGUCUUCAUUGUCGAAUGUAUUGUAUUUUAUAUAGCAAAACAUGAGCCUGAAAUUAAACUGUGAUAUAAGUA